AUUACUUGGCGCCAUAAAAGCGAGCGUGUCAUGUAGAAAAGAUCGGAGAACAAAAAAAUUGCAAUAUAAGAAUUAUAAUUUUUUAGUUUUGUAAUUUAUUAAAAUGAGUGACACAGAGGAUGUUAAAAUAAUCCUAAAUCAAUUGUCGGUACAUACUGUUCCAUCAAGCGAUGAUGACGAGAUACAUAGUGUCGCCAGCAGCGCAACAUCGCGUAGCAAGUCACCGACCUCCCGUCGAAAGAGGAAAGGUAAAUUGCGAAAGUCUAAGACUGAAAAAGCAAUAUACAAAUUUACGCGUUACAUGCGCGAAGAUCAUGGACAACCACUGUUCGGCGUAAAGUUCAACAAUUAUUUGCCCGAAAAACAAGCAAUAUUUGCAUCAGUUGGCGCCAACAGAAUUUCAAUAUAUGAAUGCCUACAAGAUGAAAAAGGUAGUAUAGAGUUGUUGCUUGUAUUUGCCGAUCCAGAUGUGGAAGAAAAUUAUUAUACAUGUGCUUGGUCAUAUGAUACAUCAACAAAGCAACCGCUUAUAGCGGUUGCAGGAAUGCGUGGUGUUAUACGUGUGAUAGAUAUAUCGAAAGUAUCUAAUCGUCAUUAUAUUGGCCAUGGUCAAGCGGUUAAUGAAUUGAAAUUUCAUCCAAAACUACCACAAUUGCUUGUUUCAGCUAGCAAAGAUCAUUCAUUGCGUUUAUGGAAUAUAGAGACGCAAUUAUGUGUGGCUAUAUUUAGCGGUGUGGAAGGACAUCGUGAUGAGGUACUUUCAGUUGACUUUGAUGCAAAAGGUUAUUGUAUAAUGUCCGCUGGUAUGGAUCAUUCUUUAAAGUUAUGGUCUCUGCAGAAGGAAAAUAUUACUAAGGCAAUUGAUGCGAGUUUAACGUACAAAGAGAAAAAUUCGAGAUUUCCCACUUGGAGAGAGCAUUUUCCGGAUUUUUCAACUAGAGAUGUACAUAGAAACUACGUGGAUUGCGUACAAUGGUUUGGAAAUUUUUUAUUAUCAAAAUCAUGUGAGAACGAAAUAGUUUGCUGGAAGCGAGGAGAUCUAGACGAUACCGUUUUAAAACCAAAUGACACAACUGCAACAGUAUUGCAUCGUUUUCCUAUAAAGGACUGUGAUAUAUGGUUCAUUCGUUUUGAAUUCAAUUUCUCACAUAAAAUGAUGGCUUUGGGGAAUCAGCAAGGAGUGACUUAUGUUUGGGAAAUGGGUGUAGAAGAUCCACAGUCGACAAAAUGUCACAUGUUAGCACAUGCCAGAUGCAACACAGCAAUAAGACAAACAACAUUUUCCAGAAAUGGUAAUGUACUGAUCUGCGUUUGCGAUGACGGCACCAUUUGGCGUUGGGAUCGCAGAAAUGAUUAAUUUUUCACUAAUUUAGAAUUAAGUGCACAAUUGGAUGGAUUUACUGUUUAAUUCGGACUGUGAAGCAGCGCUCACUACUUUUUUAUAUAUACUAUUACUUAAGAUUUUCUUCAUUUAAGUUUUUAAUUUACUUUUUCAAUUUUAUUAUUCACAUUGCAUACAUUUUUUUUUU